CAUCUUAUUCUAGAGCAUCAGUUGGCAAGAAGGUUUUGCAAAAAUGCGUGAGUGUAUUUCCAUUCACAUUGGCCAAGCUGGAACCCAGAUUGGCAAUGCAUGCUGGGAGUUAUUCUGCUUGGAGCAUGGAAUUCAGCCAGACGGUCUGAUGCCAAGCGACAAGACUAUCGCAGGGGAAGACUCAUUCAAUACAUUCUUUAGUGAGACUGGAGCUGGCAAACAUGUUCCUAGAGCCAUCUUCCUUGACCUGGAGCCGACAGUCAUUGAUGAGGUUCGUACAGGGACCUAUCGCCAGCUCUUCCACCCUGAACAACUGAUUACUGGGAAGGAAGACGCCUCCAAUAAUUACGCCCGUGGCCACUACACCAUUGGGAAGGAGGUCAUUGACUUGGUUUUAAACAGGACACGAAAACUGGCUGACCAAUGUACUGGACUCCAGGGCUUCCUCAUCUUCCACUCCUUCGGAGGAGGAACGGGGUCUGGCUUCACGUCCCUCCUAAUGGAGCGUCUCUCUGUUGAGUAUGGCAAGAAGUCCAAGCUUGAGUUUGCUAUUUACCCUGCACCUCAGGUGUCCACUGCAGUGGUGGAGCCAUAUAACUCCAUCUUGACCACGCACACCACCCUGGAGCACUCUGACUGUGCCUUCAUGGUGGACAAUGAGGCCAUAUAUGACAUCUGCCGCAAGAACCUGGACAUCGAGCGACCCACCUACAGCAACCUUAAUAGGCUGAUUGCUCAGAUAGUCUCCUCCAUCACUGCCUCACUGCGCUUUGAUGGAGCCCUGAAUGUGGAUCUGACAGAGUUCCAAACCAAUCUGGUACCAUAUCCACGUAUCCACUUCCCUCUGGCCACUUAUGCCCCGGUCAUCUCUGCAGAGAAGGCUUACCAUGAGCAGCUGUCAGUGGCAGACAUCACCAAUGCCUGUUUUGAGCCAUCAAAUCAGAUGGUGAAAUGUGACCCUCGCCAUGGGAAGUACAUGGCAUGUUGCCUACUGUACCGCGGCGACGUGGUGCCCAAAGACGUCAACUCAGCGAUCGCCAAUAUCAAGACCAAGCGCACCAUUCAGUUUGUAGACUGGUGUCCCACUGGCUUCAAGGUUGGGGUCAACUACCAACCGCCCACUGUGGUUCCUGGAGGAGACUUGGCCAAAGUGCAGCGAGCUGUGUGCAUGCUGAGCAACACCACAGCCAUUGCUGAGGCCUGGGCUCGACUGGACCACAAGUUCGACCUCAUGUAUGCCAAGAGGGCCUUUGUUCAUUGGUAUGUGGGCGAGGGAAUGGAGGAGGGAGAGUUCACCGAGGCUCGUGAAGACAUGGCCGCUCUGGAGAAGGACUACGAGGAGGUGGGAACUGAUAGUGUUGGAGACGAAGGUGAAGAGGAGGGAGAAGAGUACUAACUUAGAUGUUUGUGGAGAACCUUGUCAUUUACGAGAGCCAUACAUACAAUUCUACUUUGUAUUCACGGUGAGUCACACACUACUAUUUCAACAUAACCACAUUUUCUGAGCCAAAUUCGUCAAAUGCUAAACAAUAAUGCUUUUAACAAAUCAUAAAUUUACCCAUUGUGGAAUUGUAUUACAACAUAUUACAACAUAUCAAAUAAAUGUAGCAAAUAAAUUCAAGCACAAGAACAUGAAAUAGUUCAAGCUGAAAGGUGUGGUCAUGAAAUGGAACUGACCAAAAGGAUUGACUGGACCAGAAUGAUUGUUGAAGAGGUUCUCCUGUAACACUGCAGCGUGACAGGUUUUUGAAAAAGUUAAAGUAGUAAUGAUAUUAAUUCACCCAAACACUCUGCUAUCGCAAGAGAUUAAUGAUGAUGAAUGGAAUCAAAACUGCAUGUCAUGGAUUCUUAGAAUAAUAAUUUAGCUUUUAUAUAUAUAAAUAU